AUGCCCCGUAAGGCCCUUGGGCGACGCCGCACUGGCAAGGGCAAGGGAAGCAGGGGUGGUGGUGGGGGCGGUGGAAGCAGUGGUGGAGGAGGUGGAGGAGGUGGAGGUGGUGGUGGGGGUGGUUCCGGGAGUGGGGGCGUAGGUGGCGGCAGUGGCGGCCGUGGCGGCGGUGGUGGAGGAGGUGGCGGCGGCGGCGGCGGUGGUGGAGGUAGCGGAGGAGGUGGUGCUGGUCGCGAAUGUGCCUAUCUUUGA